AUGAGUUGCCAGAUCUCCUGCAAGUCCCGAAGAGGAGGGGGCGGAGGAGGCGGUGGAUUCAGGGGCUUCAGUAGUGGUUCAGCUGUGGUCUCUGGAGGGAGCCGGAGAUCGACUUCGAGCUUCUCCUGCCUGAGCCGCCACGGUGGUGGCAGAGGAGGCUCUGGUGGCUUUAGCAGUCAGAGUCUUGUUGGCCUUGGAGGCUACAGGAGUAUCUCUAGUAGUGUGGCUGGCUACGGUGGUGGAUUUGGUGGCAGAAGCUCCGGGGGCUUCGGAGGUGGCAGCAGCUUUGGAGGCAGCGGUGGCUUCGGAGGUGGCUUUGGAGGAGGCCAAGGAUUUGGAGGUGGCAGCGGCAUCGGAAUUGGCAGUGGCAUCGGAGGCGGUGGAUUUGGUGGAGGCCGCUUUGGAGGUGGCCCUGGAGGUUUUGGGGGCCCUGGAGGAUUCCCUGGUGGAGGCAUCCUUGAAGUGUCUGUCAAUCAGAGCCUUUUGCAGCCUCUUGAUGUUAAAGUAGACCCAGAGAUCCAGAACGUGAAGUCUCAGGAGCGGGAGCAGAUCAAAACCCUCAACAACAAAUUUGCCUCUUUCAUUGACAAGGUGCGCUUUCUGGAGCAGCAGAACCAGGUGUUGCGGACCAAAUGGGAACUCCUGCAGCAGCUGGAUGUAGGCACCCGCACCACCAACCUGGACCCCCUCUUCCAAACCUACAUUGGCAUGCUCAAGAAAGAGGUGGACAGGCUUUCUGCAGAAAGGACCUCACAGGAUUCAGAGCUGAAUAACAUGCAGGAUCUUGUUGAAGACUUUAAGAAGAAGUACGAGGAUGAGAUCAACAAGCGCACGUCUGCAGAGAAUGAUUUUGUGACCAUUAAAAAGGAUGUAGACAGUUGCUACCUGGACAAGACAGAGCUGCAGACCAGGCUGGACAUACUGACACAGGAAAUCAAUUUCCUGAGAACACUCUAUGAUGCGGAAUUGUCCCAGCUACAGCAGAAUGUCACCGACACCAACGUCAUCUUGUCCAUGGACAACAACCGGAACCUUGACCUGGACGGCAUCAUUGCGGAGGUUCAGAGUCAGUACGAGAUGAUCGCCCAUAAGAGCAAGGCUGAGUCAGAGGAGCUGUACCACAGCAAGUAUGAAGAACUCCAGGUCACCGCUGUGAAACACGGGGACAGCUUGAAAGAGAUCAAGAUGGAGAUCAGUGAGUUGAACCGCAUGAUCCAGAGGCUGCAAGGGGAGAUAUCACAUGUGAAGAAGCAGUGUAAGGGUGUACAAGACUCCAUUGCAGAUGCAGAGCAGCGUGGGGAGCAUGCCAUCAAAGAUGCCAAGGGCAAGCUCACAGACCUAGAAGAGGCCAUGCAGAAGGCCCGAGAGAACCUGGCCCGGCUGCUGAAGGACUACCAGGAGCUCAUGAACACCAAGCUUUCCCUGGAUGUGGAGAUCGCCACCUAUAGGAAGCUGCUGGAGGGCGAGGAGUGCAGGAUGUCUGGAGACUUCAGUGACAACGUGUCUGUGUCUGUGACAAGCAGCACCAUCUCCUCAUCUGUGGCAUCUAAGGCUGGCUUUGGCUCUGGAGGUCAAGGUUCAGGAGGAAGAGGGUCUUAUGGAGGACAAGGAGGAGGAAGCACCUAUGGCUCUGGAGGUACAAACUCUGGCUUCAGAGGAUCUGGAUCUGGAUCUGGAGGAGGCGGAUACAGUUCUGGUGGAAGCUCCAGAGGAGGAUCUGGAGGAGGAGGAUACAGCUCUGGAGGAGGCUCCAGGGGAAGAUCUGGAGGAGGAGGCUCCAGUUCUGGAGGGGCAGGAUACAGCUCUAGAAGCGGCUCUGGCUCUGGAGGCGGAUACAGCUCUGGAGGAGGCUCCAGGGGAAGAUCUGGAGGAGGAGGCUCCAGUUCUGGAGGGGCAGGAUACGGCUCUGGAGGAGGCCCCAGAGGUGGCUCCAGCUCUGGUGGGGGAGGAUACAGCUCUGGAGGAGACUUCAGAGGUGGCUCCAGUUCUGGAGGGGCAGUGUCUGGCUCUGAAAGGGGAAGUUCUGGGUCAGGGGAAGGUUGCAGCUCAGGUGUCACCUUCUCCUUUAGAUAG